AUGCGUCCAUCUCUCCUAUUCUUGUCCGUUUUGUUCGGCAACUUCCUUGCAACCGAGGCCGCAAACCCCGUCUUUGGUGCCUUUGCCACGGCCGCAUGCGAAGCAUGUCUCGAUGACGCCUUUACCAGCUGCCCUGGUGACUACAAAACGCUUGAAUACGCCGAAUGUAUGUGCGCCGGAUUAGGUGGUGAAGGCGCCCGCAAGGCCAUUUCCUGUAUGACGCAGCAAUGUGAUUUCCGCAUCUACGAAGAGAAGAAAGUGGCCAUUGCGCUUGCCACGUAUUGCGUCGGUGUGUUUAAGGAUACAUGUCCUGCAUACAAAAAGUAUCUCCCACAGUCAGUGUACGAGCGAGAAUGCCCAUCCAGCACUUCCGCGGCCAGCGGCACCCCGACCGGCACCAUCCCGAUUAGCAAUACCACGACCGACACUACCCAGACUGCAGCUACCACCACGACUAGCUUGCCUAGCAGUAAUGCACCAACUUCUGCCGAGUCGAAAGCCGCCGCUCCGUCGCAGUCUAAGUCCGCAUCACUCGCAACGGCUGCUGCUGUUCCUGCGUGGGGUAUCAUUGCAGGUCUUUUUGCCCAGGCUGCAAACCUGGCGUUUUAA